GCUCAUCUUAAGGAACUGUUGUAUGUGUGUGUUUCAUUUCAUCUCUUGCGCACUGCUGGGAGGAAAACCCGCAAACCUUAGCGUGUAGUUCCCAUUUCGAGAGUCUAUGCUUGAUGCUGAGACAGAGAGGAGGAUAUGAAGCCAGUCUGCUCUCUGUAAGUGUUUCUGCCGUUCACACAUCCACCAGCAUGAGUUUACAACUGCGCUGCUUAUACACUCACAGCUUGGCCUUGGUCGUGACCUUGCUGCUGCUAACAGCUACAUCUGGUGACAGCGAUGCAGUGAAGAACAUCACGGCUGUUUUGGGUCACAGCGUUACAUUCAGAUGUCCUUCGAAACACAGCACUCCUGUAGAACGCUUGUACAUACAGAGAGUUAAAAAUGAUAAAGUAGAAGAGUUCAUCAACGGGUUUUCUAGAGGCAUUGAGAUGAAUGUGUUUUCUGAGUACUGGGACAGAACCAAAGUGAAUGAAACGGAGCUCAGCAUGGAGAUGAGAAACAUCUCCGUCUCUGAUGAAGGACUGUAUAAAUGUGUUGUUUUCAUCAACAACAAACCUGAAAUCUCAAAUAUUCUCCUCAAAGUCACAGCUGAGUACAGCGUUCCCACAAUCACGAAAGACUGCAGUAAACUCGGUGAUGGCGGCGCAGGAAAGAGCUGUCAGUUAAGCUGCUCGGCGGUGGGCGGAUACCCGCAGAGCACCGUCAGAUGGGCGGGGCUUAAUCCAAAUCUGACUAACGUCAUUUACAACAUGAGUUCAGAAGAUAACGAGUCCAAAACUUGGACCAUCAACCAAACCAUCGUGUACAACUGCGACCAGCCUACUAAUACCAGCUGUGCCGUAGGGGGCGCUGUUUCCCACACUAUCUCCAUAUGUGAAACAGAAUCCUUCCCACUUCAGGUGAUCACAGCUAUCGUCGUCGUGCUUGUGUUUGUCCUGUUACUUAUUUUUGUCGUGGUGAUGAAGUGCUGCUGUAGAAGACCACAAACCUUAGAGGAUGGAGCUGAGGGAGUUGACGUUCCUUUAGCGUAGCGACUGCCAUUCACAGCUUCAGCGUGUCGGAGACGUGAUGACGAAACGCUGAGGAGAUGCGACGAGAUUUUCCCCGUUCUGUCAAGCGGAAGUGCUUCAGCACCCAGAGCUCUGACUGCAGACGGACAAAUCGGGCAGAUCGUCCAGCUGAACGUUGUGUCUUUAAAGUGGCUUCACUUCUGUAUAGAAGCAGGCCCUGACAGAUGCUUUCACGGAGCAAUGCUGGACUGUCCUGGCACAUUUGAACAAGCUUUUGAGAACGCUACCUUCCUUUCCCUAGUCAUUCAUUUGGAAGAGCACAUCUUUUCUUCGGCAUCCUAAAGAUGCAGUGGGCAAAUCCACAGAGACAUUUCAAGUUUAUGUUGCCGGAAGAGGGAUUUGUAAUGGUGCUUAUAAAAAGAUUCAAAGUUUUAUGGCUAGAUUUGCUCUAUAUACUUCACAAUCCCGUAUAGUGUUUCAAAUUGUGCCACUUUAUUCCAAGGAGUGGGACUUUUAAAGUUCAGAACUUUUUUAAAGACUGAACUGAAGUAAAUAUUCUGAUUUGGGCCAGUUGUAUGGUUGAUAAAAUAACCAAGACAGUCUUGAUGACUGUUGUCUAUGUUCAUUUAAGAAUAUGAUGUUGAAAUGGUCUUACGCUGGCACAUUUCAUUUGCUUCUAGAAGCUGAUUUAUUUGAAGCUUUAUUUUUUAAAGCCAGUUCUCAGACGAGCUAAAGAAACAUAAUACCUAAAAAUCAAAUACUGUUUCAUGAUUUUGCUGGUCAUUCCCCAAAAUGCAAUGUUUACCGUCGCAUUAUUGUACGCCAAUAUGUCCACAUCUGUUUGUUCAUGUGUACAGACUAGUACUGACUCUUUUACUUUUCUACAGCACCGCACUGACAUUUACUGACAUGCUGAAUAUAUUUUUUUUUUACUGUAAAAUUGUUCUCAAGGUGACAGUAACAAGAUAUUUAAUUUUCAAUUAAAAUGAAUCUGUUUCCGUGUGGAAAUGUCUUAUGCACUUUGCUUUCUGACUGCUUGA